CGAGUUAGUUGCAUUACGCUAAACGUCGCAGCGUGAACGGCACGCAGGCAGCGACCAUCCUGCACGAGAAAGGAAUCAUUUUCGGAAAGCCUUUCCUUCACACAGGCCAUGCAGCCCUCCUGCGAAUGUGGUAAGUGCGACGACUGCCUGAAGAGACUUCUGGAAGCUGGCUGUAGGGAAGAAUCUUCCUGCUCCAGCACGUCGACUGACACUUCGCCUGCUACGCCAUCCGCCGACGGUAGCAAGCCAGAUUCCAGCUCGGGCAAGCAACCGAGCGACACCAAAGCGGUGGCAGGCAAGCACCCGCCCCUGUCUUCUUCGGCUACGCUGUCCUCCGGGAGCAUGCCUGAAGAAAUCGCCGACGACACAUUCGCAGAGUCACUGCCCCGCGAUCCGACUUCGCAGGCAACCGAUCCCAGCACGUCUUCGUCGGAAACUGGCCUCGGCGUUGUUCUGGAGGACCAGCUGGAAUGCUUUAGUGGCACUGGAACCCUUUCGGAGUUGACUUGUUCAUCUUUGAUAAGUCCGGACGACUGUUUCCGGCCUCCACAUGAGACGGCGGGCUCGACCAAGGCCUCGGUUGACUUGAGCAGACCAGACAAGUCGGAUGAUCCGCACUCACAGGCACCGCUGUCACCGAUGGACUUCAGCAGUAGUGAACCUCGUAGUCCUGUGGACUACAGCACAGACAUCGCCGCGUCUGUGUCGCUGCCUCCGAUGGAUCCGUCCUCGUCGAGUCACUGCACAAACUCCCCUUGCUCCUCGCUGAAGCUGACGGAUCCAUCGGUGUCCGAAGAGUCUCCCUUGCCCAAGAGCAGUUCGUCCAGCGAAUCCAGGCCAUCCGACCGCUCUAUCGAUAGCUUCAGCGAGCGCUCCUCGAUAUCCUCGACCCUGCCGUUGACGGGCUCGUCGGUGGAGUCGUACCCGAAGAGCACGACCCGGGAUUCUGCCGGAUCAGCGGACACCCUCGCCGAUAUAUCUGAAACGGCGGCGUCCUCGGAAACACUCGAACCCUUUUCCGAUGAUGACGGUGACAAUGCUGGAGCCGACGCAAAGAAGCAGUCGCCGACAAAGAAGCGCCGCCACCACAGUCUGCGUCAGGACAAGGGUCCGGAAUUUCCGGAUGACGAGUCCGACCAUGACAAGUCGACGGCCCUGUAAGACUGUCUGUCCAUGCCUUCCGCGCGCAAGCGCAACUCGCCCGUGGCAACGUUGUCUUUAUUGAUAUGUUCGAGUGGAACUUAUUGAUUUGCAUGAUUUUUAUCUGAAUAAAACACGUGGUCCCUUCUUA